CGUCCCGGGGCGGCCAUGGGGGAGGCGGCGGGGGGCAGCGCGGUGCCGCCGCCUCCGGCGGAGGCCGGCGGGGGGCAAGUGAACGCCCUGACCGUGCUGGCCCUCCUGGAGAAGUUGGUGUCCAUGCUGGAGGCGGUGGAGGGCCAGCAGCGGCAGAUGGAGCAGAGGCAGCGGGGGCUGGAGGGAGCGGUGCGGGGCAUCCAGGGCGACCUGGGCAAGCUGUGCCGUAGCCACGGGGCCACGGGGGAGGCGGUGGAGAAGCUGCUGGAGAAGUCGCGGAAGGUGUGCGCCCACACCCGCGCCGUGCGGGAGCGCCUGGAGAGGCAGUGCGCCCAGGUGCGGCGCCUGGAGCAGCAUCACGCCCAGCUGCUGCGCCGCGACCGCUUCAAAGUGCUCAUCUUCCAGGAGGAAAAUGAGAUCCCUGCCAGUGUUUUUGCAAAAGAGCCUGUUCCCAGCAUCACAGAAGGAAAAGAAGAGCCUGUGGAUGAGAACAAGACACUGGAAGAAACCCUGCAUACAGUGGAGUUGUCCUCAGAUGAUGACAUGCCUCACGAAGAUGACGUGGGUGACAGUGCAGAGGAGAAAACAGAAGAAUCAAGAGCUGAGAAACUUAAGAGAUCCAGCCUGAAGAAGGUUGACAGCCUGAAGAAAGCAUUUUCCCGACAGAACAUCGAGAAGAAGAUGAACAAGAUCGGCACAAAGAUCGUCUCGCCUGAACGGAGAGAGAAGAUCAAGAAAUCGCUUACAGUACAUCAUCAGAAAUCCUCCUCUUCCAAGAGUUCAGCUUUCAAAGUGUCGCCCCUCACGUUCAACGUGAAGAAAAGCCGAGAAGGAGAAAGCCCUGCCGAAGCCGAGGACAGACCCGCAGAAACUGCGAGCAACGACCAAGCCGAGAACGAGGAAGAGAUGUCGUUUGCCGACAUGCACUCGGAUAUGACACCCACCACGUCGCUGACCGAGGAGAGCAAAGCAGUCGUCGAUUCUCUAGAGAAGGAAGCCAGGAUGGAAGGGAGCGCCAUGAUGAACAACAACAUCGAGCUGUCCAUCGUUGAAGACGAUGAAGAGUAUGGGGUGCCUCUAGAAGUUCCCAGCCAGAAACUGUAUGACGAAAGGAACAAACCGGUCGGCGGGGAAAUGGAAGAGUCCGACGAAGAGACGACCCAAGCAGCGGUUCUGCAGAUAAACCAAACGGCGUAAAAUAUCCGAGCCUUCCUCCGCCUUCCGGAUACGCAUGGUUUUGCCUAGGCGAGUGACUGGUUUCUGCUACACAGGUGGUAGCGGCGAUCCAGUUUCCUCCAGCCUGCUCUCUGCAAUGAUAAUUUAUUGCAUCACAUUGGAACGCAGAGUGAGUGAGGUCAACGACAGGCUGCAACGUGCUCCGAUUUUUAGGCCAUUUCACUGGUGUUUAUUAAUGUAGAGAUGCUGUCAGCUGGCGUAAGAGACUAGCAGGAAAAGAGUAUGUCUAGCAGAAGCAAGCCGGUUAGCUGGCUUUGUUACAGCUGGGUCAGAGAAAUGCAGGGAGAGUAGUCAAAACCCAAACAUUUCUGUUUUCUUCCCUCACAGAUUUUCCUAGCACUGUGAGUAGUUUUGUAUGUAAAUGUAGAAAUACCGACGAGAACACUUGAUUUCGGUUUCCUUGCUAUGCUCUGUGAA